UUUCACGAGUGAGAAAAAAUGAUAGAAAUGAUGAUGAGAAUGAUGGAGUGAGAAAGGUGAAUAUAAGUGAGUCUUAUUUAUUUAUUUCGCCAUCUUGAUCGAGAUUAUUUUCUCCUCUUAAUUGUUUUUAUUUGUAGUUGCAAAUUAUUAGUGUUUGUUCAUCAUCAUGUCUUCUACUGGUGGUGGAACAACAUCAUCAUCAACAACCACAACAGUAACAACCACAUCAACGUCAACCACCUCAUCUAGCAAGCUAUCAACAACUGAGAGAGUGAUCAAAAGUGUACCUCUACCACCACCUAAUAAAUUAACAAGUGGAGAAGUCUAUGAUUCAAAGACUAAUAAGCCUCGCCCAGAAGUAUUGAAAAAUCAUUUCAUCUUAGAAGGAAGAAUAGAUGAAAAUUGUGCACUAAGGAUAAUCAAUGAAGGAGCAGCGUUAUUACGAGCUGAAGACACCAUGAUUAACAUAGAAGCACCGGUAACCGUUUGUGGUGAUAUUCAUGGUCAAUUUUACGAUUUAAUGAAAUUAUUUGAUGUUGGAGGUUCCCCUUCAACCACGAAGUAUUUAUUUCUGGGUGAUUAUGUUGAUAGAGGAUAUUUCAGUAUUGAAUGUGUUCUCUAUUUAUGGGCAUUGAAAAUAAAUUACCCAAACACAUUAUUUUUAUUGAGAGGUAACCAUGAAUGUCGCCAUUUAACAGAAUAUUUUACUUUUAAAACUGAAUGCAAAAUAAAAUACUCUGAGAGGGUGUAUGACGCUUGUAUGAACGCAUUUGAUUGCCUUCCAUUGGCUGCUCUUAUGAAUGGUCAAUUUUUAUGUGUUCAUGGAGGUUUAUCCCCUGAAAUCCAUAGUCUCGAUGAUAUCAAGAGGUUAGAUCGUUUUAAGGAGCCACCGGCUUUUGGGCCAAUGUGUGAUCUGUUAUGGUCUGACCCUCUAGAGGAUUUUGGUAAUGAGAAAAGUGGAAUCGAGCAUUUUACUCAUAAUUCAGUUAGAGGUUGCUCGUACUUUUAUUCGUACGGUGCAUGUUGUGACUUUCUUCAGCAAAAUAAUUUAUUAAGUAUCAUAAGAGCCCAUGAAGCUCAGGAUGCAGGUUACCGAAUGUACCGUAAAUCAAAUGUAACUGGUUUCCCAUCAUUGAUAACAAUAUUUAGUGCACCCAAUUAUCUUGAUGUUUACAAUAACAAAGCUGCUGUCCUUAAAUAUGAAAAUAACGUUAUGAAUAUAAGGCAGUUUAAUUGUUCACCUCAUCCUUACUGGCUGCCUAAUUUUAUGGAUGUUUUUACUUGGUCAUUACCUUUUGUAGGUGAAAAGGUAACUGAAAUGCUGGUCAAUGUUCUCAAUAUUUGUUCGGAUGAUGAACUGAUGCACGAAGGAGAAGAAAACUUUGAUGCCUCAGAUGAAGCAAAUAUGGCAAGUUCUGCUCGAAAAGAGGUUAUUCGUAACAAAAUUCGUGCAAUCGGUAAAAUGGCUCGGGUAUUCUCAGUUCUCCGUGAGGAAUCUGAAAGUGUCCUGCAGUUGAAGGGUUUAACACCAUCAGGAACAUUACCUCUUGGAGCACUUUCGGAAGGAAAAGAGUCUCUUCGUCAUGCUUUAGCUGGAUUCUCACCACAUCAUAAGAUCACAAGCUUCGAAGAAGCCAAAGGUCUUGACAAGAUCAAUGAGAGAAUGCCACCUCGAAAAGAGGCUCCACCGCCACCACCUCCUGCGGCAGCAGCAUCUCAAGAGCAUUCAGGCCAAACUGGAAACCAGAUCGGCUCACAAGCAUCAUCGUGAUUGCAUCAAUAAAACAAUAAUGAUACUGUUCUUUUCUCCCCCUGUCCCCCUGUCCCUCUUUCACUCUUUCUCUCUCUCUCUCUCUUUCGAUCUUCAAUGACUUCUGUCUUCUUCUCUUCUUCUCUUUUUUCUUCUUAUCUCAAUUGUCAUGCAAAAAAAUAUAUAAAAUAUAUAAACAAAAUUCAAAAAGGAUAAACAAACAAAUCAACAAAACUAAUAUAACCAUGCAGAUAUUAAUGAUGUUACCGUUAUGAAGCAAUGAUGAAAGUCAACAACAACCAAAAACCCUUCACCAUAACACACUCAUAAAUAUAUACAACACAAUUCACACUAAAUACAAAUUAACAUUAAAUCUCUCCCCUCUAUCACUCUA